AUGGACAGAACAGCACGCCUGAAGCUGCUCUUCAGCGAGGACGAGUCUUUGCUUCAGAUCAACACCGGUCUCAAUGCUGUAUCUACAUCUGACUCCAAGGCAGCUGAAGAAGCUUCCUUAACUGUAGUAACACAGGAAGAAGUGCAGUCAGAGAAAGACGACAAAGACUUGGAAUCCAAAACUAAACUAGAGGAAACCGCUGAAGGGCUCGCCAAGAGCACUGUCCAAGAGACAGACGAGUGCAACGCAUCAAUGCAGACACCAGAGACUAGAGAUUCCAGCACCCAUAGUCAAGAGGAGCCAUCAACACCACUGGAUGGAUUCUUCUGUCCCCUUAUGGCUAUGUCUAGAUACCCCUACAAGUUCGUCCGCAAAGAACUGUCACAGACGGUAGCCAGCCGAUUUUUCGACGGAGGGAAGUUCUGGCAGAGAGUCUGGGAUCUAUACUACGUCCAUGUCUCUCCUCAGCUCAGUCCACGCCCACUGCUGCUCGUGCCUGCUGCUCAAGUCCGGAAAUUCGUACAGGAAAUUAACCGAGAGCUGGAAGUUACGCUCUCGAUUCCGGAGGAAAGUGAAAUGGGAAUGAUUUUGGACUUCAACCUGGACGGGGUCCCUCAACCGACGUUCAUCGGUAAGUGUACAAGCCGGGAGACGAAAGAUGAACUGGAAGCGACCAUUCCUCCGCGCACCAACUAUGAGCCCCCUACCGAUAUGGAUGAGGCGCAUCUCGCGUAUGAGCAAAUGAUUGAGUACGGAAUAAAUGCAUCGAAAAACAAGAGUAGGGGCAAAGCAUCCAAGGCGAAGAAGCAGCAAAUCCGGCUUCAGGCUGAAACAGAACUGGUACAAACUCGGAAGAAAAUGCAUUGCUACCUUGGUCUACAAUCCUACCACUCCCUAGAUCUUCCAGAACUUAUUGACGAACGAUCCUGGGAAGAGAAGCGAAACGACGACUGUAGCACGGCACAAAGUCUUGACGACAGUGACACCGGGAUCCCUCGUCUCGAUACGAAUAAUCCAGCGAUGUUUUCAUUCUGGAAAGAGCCGGUUUUCAUCAGCGUUGACGUCGAAUGCAAUGAGCGUUGCCAUGAACAGGUUACCGAAGUGGGCAUUUCAACUCUGGACACCGUGGAUCUCGUUGGCAUCCCUCCCGGCGAGAACGCAGAGAAUUGGACCUCCCGAAUUCGCUCCCGUCACCUGCGAGUCCGAGAGUAUGGCCAUAUUAUCAACCGUCAAUAUGUGUCAGGAUGUCCGGGAAGCUUUGAAUUUGGCGAGAGCGAAUGGGUGUCCAAAGGGAAACUGGCCGAUGUAGUCCAGGCCUGCUUCCAACCUCCGUACUCUUUCGGAAUCGAAGACACGGACGGUGUCCAGCUCGGCAGUGGCCCUGAGUACAAACACCAGCAGCGCAACCUGAUCCUCGUGGGUCACAACACCUCGAUGGACGUCAAGUAUCUGGCAAGUUUGGGCAUCCCGGUCUUUGAAAAUGUCAGGACCGCCUUCCUGGAACACAUCGACACUGCCGAGUUGUAUCGUAUCAUCCGAAGUGAGGCAAACCAGCGCUCGCUGGCAAGCAUCCUCGGUGAACUAGGAAUUAUCGGAUGGAACCUACACAAUGCAGGGAACGAUGCUCGCUAUACGCUUGAAGCGCUGGUGCGAAUGAUCUGUCGUGAUACAGGCGAGGUUAGCGUUGCUGCUUCAACAGUGGAAUAG